AUGGAAACGUCCGUAGAUGCGCUGACGCCCUCAGGGCCCGCGGCGGAAGACCCAGCUGAAGAAAGACACAAUAGUGAUGAGCAUCGCUCCCCGAAAGACGAACCAGAGAAUUUCGGAGAACCAUUCGCAAAGAAACCCUCGCGGUCUAACAGUCAGGUUGCGGCCGACGAGGCAGCUGCCGAAGCCAAGAGGCUCAUAGACGAUCCUAAUCUAAAAUUGGAAAUACCGGACAGCUUAGAUCAUGAACAUUUUUCCAAGCUGCUGGAACUUGACUCCAAAAAUGACGACGACUUGUUCUCAUCAACAGACCUACUGGAACAUGAAAUCGCUGAGCAUCCAGAAAAGCUCGCCAACGACAUUGCGGAAACGGUUCCCACAGAUGAUGCGACACAGCAUUUGCACUCUUUAGAAAACUUGGAGUCUCUGGGAAAGCUCAGCGAGGAAGCCGGAGGUGACGUACACUCAAAUCCUGGUACUGAAAGCCCGUCGAAAAUUAAAAACGAAAAUCAGUCUCCCUCCGUUUUAGUGGAUCCUGUUUUAGCCGAUGAUAGAGCUAUUCAUCCCGACAUCUAUAAUUCCGAUCCCUUAUCAACUGGUGCAGGAACACGAGAAGAUACACCGGCCUCAAUACUUGAGGACAAACACGAAUUACUUGAUGACCAAAAACAAGACGCGUCCACAAAACUCGGUUAUGUUUCACUACAGCCUCCACUUCCGGAAAAUGCUGUCAACAAAAUAGAGAUAACACAACCGAUUGAGCCCAAUUCCGAGCUGCCGAUGACUGAAUUUCACGAUGGCGCCAACAGCGAAACAGAACAAUCAAAAAUCUCUGCCUACGCAAGGUUAGACUUUCAGAGCUUCACAUUUUACGUUCAAACCUUACAAGUAAUCAUAGGCCGGCGCUCUGAAAACGAUUUUUCGCACAAGGUGGACGUCAAUCUGGGGCCUUCUAAAUCGAUAUCGAGGAGGCAUGCGCAAAUAUUCUACAAUUUUGGAACUGGGAGAUUUGAACUUUCUAUCAUGGGCAAGAAUGGCGCGUUUGUUGACGACACCUUCGUCGAGAGGGGAAUAACAGUGCAAUUGAAAAAUAAGGCAAAGGUUCAAAUAGGUCAAAUCCCAUUUCAGUUUGUCUUACCAGACCAAGAAGGAAAGGAAAAGAAGGCAAUCGAGCCUGUUGACGCAAUUUCUUUGAAAACGGCACUCAACAAUAACAACAAAUUAGCAGAAAUUUCUCGGAGUGUCACUCCAAUUCCUAUCCCGUCUGGCGAGAGUACUGAACUCAAAGACGAAGAACUCAAAGAUCAGCCGGCCAAGAAGAAGACGCCUCCGAAGAAGAAGGAAAAGAAGGAACCUAAGGCCCCUAAACCCCCAAAGAAAAUUUACACUCUGGAAGAAAUUCCUCCCGAAUAUCGAACAAAACCUACGGGUUCUUACUCAAACCUAAUCACCGCUUGUCUACGGAAAUUUUCAAGCCCAAAGGGUAUGUCUCUAUCCGGAAUAUAUGCAGGAAUUAGAGAGCUCUUUCCCUACUACAAAUACUGCCCGGACGGCUGGCAAAGUUCGGUAAGACAUAAUUUAUCUCUAAACAAAUCUUUCAGGAAGGUUUCCAAAGAGGGUAAAGGGUGGCUCUGGGGUCUCAAUGAGGAGUAUAUCGCAGAGAGGGAAAAACAGAAGAAAAAGCAGGCAGAAGCUGCUGCUGAAAAGGCUAAGGCAGCUCAAUUGAAACUUGAACAGCAACAACAGCAAAAGGCAAAGAAAGCGGCUGAAUCUGGCUCGAUGAUAAAAAGUGUGGCCAGCAUUCCAGCGAGACCUAAAGUUAAACAACCUAAUAUCUCCCAAACCUUGGCAGCAAAUAGGGCAGAUAGGAAAGCGACUGCAGAUGCAAACCAGCGGACUAUGAAAUACCUUCAGGAACAAUUAAUGAUCCUCACAAAGGACCGAAAAGGUCUGGAUAAGCAUGUCAUGGCAAGCAUAUUAACACAGGCACUUGCAAUGACAAUAAACCAGGUUACGCAGGCAGCUAAAAGCAAGGGUAUAACUGGCAAUCCGCUAACGGCUUUAAUUGACAAAAACCCCCAGCAUUUAAAUUUGAUUUUAGCUGCAGCCGUAAAUGCAGCUACUGUCAAAGUCACUAACGGGAGUGUUAAACAGCUGGUUAGUAUGCCUCCGCCAACAGUUACGGCACCCCAGGAGCGAAGAGCUGCAAGCCCGUCCACAAGCAACAUACAGCCGACGUCUGGCGGAACAUCAAAUCUAGUGGCGUCGGCGAAUCCAGGGCCUGCUGCAACUGUUAAAUCGUCGGAAUCAUUUGACCCCACUUCCCUCUCAAAGUUUUUCCAACCUAAGCAACCCUCAAGAGUGCCUACUCCGUCUCCCGCUAGGAGCGUUUUACCUCUAAAACGAGCAUCGAGUGAGACUGAGUCUAGCUCCGAUGAUGAGUCAACCAGUGGCGAUGAAAGUGGAAGUGCUGAUAGUGAUGCCAGCGAUGGGUCAGACAGUGAUGAUGAUAGCAGCAGCAGCAGCGGAGGUAGCAGUAAGGGAUCAUCUAGUGAUGAAGGCAGUAGUGAUGGCGAGUAG